CAGAGCGCCAAGUAGGAAGCUUCCGGCACAAUCGGCUGUCAUGCAGAUGAUGACGUGGUGAUUGAUGAAUUGCAAAUCCUGGCUCCUGCUCCCAGAGAAAGACAGUUUCUCACUACCAUUCUAAUCCCCUAGAGAUCCCAGACAUGCAACCGACAGACAGAAAAUGGCAGCCACCAAAGCGCUGAGGGGAGUCCUUCCAGUCCUUUCUGUCCCCGCUCCAAGUUUUUUUCCAUGAUGGCCUGCAACGGCUCCACCAUUGAGACCUACCCGUACUUGCUGAACGGGAGCAAUGUGUCGGACUCUGGGGUCACCACGCCCCCCGCCCCUCUCAGGAUAUCCUUGGCAAUAAUCAUGAUGCUGAUGAUCGUGGUGGGAUUCCUUGGCAAUGCUGUCGUCUGCAUCAUCGUGUAUCAGCGGCCGGCCAUGCGCUCGGCCAUCAACCUGUUGCUGGCGACGCUCGCCUUCUCUGACAUCAUGCUGUCCUUAUGCUGCAUGCCCUUCACCGCCGUCACCCUGAUCACGGUCCGCUGGCACUUUGGGGAUUACUUCUGCCGGCUCUCGGCCACCCUUUACUGGUUUUUCGUCCUGGAGGGCGUGGCCAUCCUGCUCAUCAUCAGCGUGGACCGCUUUCUCAUCAUCGUCCAACGCCAGGACAAGCUGAACCCGCGGCGGGCCAAGAGGAUCAUUGCUGUGUCCUGGGCGCUGUCGUUCUGCGUCUCAGCGCCCUCGCUGGCCGGCCGGACGUUCGUGGAGGUGCCGGCGCGGGCCCCCCAGUGCGUGCUGGGCUACACGGAGUUCCCGGCGGAGCGCGCCUACGUGGUGGCGCUGGUGGUGGCCGUGUUCUUCGUGCCCUUCGGCGUCAUGCUGUGCUCCUACCUGUGCAUCCUGCACACGGUCCGCAAGAACGCCGUCCGCGUGCACAACCAGUCGGACAGCCUGGACCUCAGACAGCUCACCGGGGCUGGCCUGCGGCGGCUGCAGCGACAACAGCAGGUCAGCUUGGACUUGAGCUUCAAGACCAAGGCCUGCACCACCAUCCUGACCCUCUUCGCGGGCUUCUCGCUCUGCUGGCUGCCGCACUCCGUCUACAGCCUUCUGUCCGUGUUCAGCCGGGGCUUCUACUGCAGUUCCUCUUUCUACACCACCAGCUCCUGCGUCCUGUGGCUCAGCUACCUCAAGUCCGUCUUCAACCCCAUCGUCUACUGCUGGAGAAUCAAAAAAUUCCGCGAGGCCUGCGUUGAGUUGCUGCCCCAGACCGUCCAAAUCCUCCCCAAAGUGCCUGAGCGGAUCCGAAGGAGAAUCCAGCCGAGCACGGUCUACGUGUGCAAUGAAAACCAGUCCGCCGUUUAGGACGCGGGCGGGAGGAGCACCGCGGACUGGUUCCAGGGCUGCACUCGGGCGUCCUUCGGCUCCGCGUCCUGGAGCGUUGGUGGUAGUGCGCAUUUUGGGUGGCCCUCCCUGUAAGCACAAACGUACCAUUUGUUACCGGAUAGGCUGCAGCUCCCAGGUUUGCAAGGUGAAUUAUUUGUGUUUCUCACGGAGGAAGAGCAGUAUUGGGGUCUGAUGGGAACUGGAAGGUAGUUGAGGCAAAGUGGGAAUGGGGUGGGCACGUGGGGGAGAAAGUUAGGGAGGGGGCAGGGAGCAAGCAACUGGGGCCGGAGGAAGGCUCUGUCUAAAGAGCUGUCUGUGCACCUGCUUCCGAGCAGCCCUGUGGUGCCCUGCUCUGAGAUGGGAAACCCAAUAGGGAUCGUCUCAUGGGUUACCACUCAUUUCAUGUGAGGCCAGCGUUCUUCACAGGUGUUUAUGUUUGUGGAGCUUGGGAAACACCCAGGGCUCUUUAUGUCGGUCAGGUGUGCAUUUCUGAUCAUGCCGAAUCACCCUUUCUGUAAACCAAAAUCACACCGGGAAACAGAGUGAGCCCCUGUGCUUUUCAGUUGCCCAGUGGGACACAUGGGAGGCCUCAGUGGCUCGAAGCCCAGAGAAUGAUCAGGGGUAGCCCAGCUGAAAUGAGAAGCCCACCCAAGUGGCCCUGCAUGUACCCAAUCCC